GCCAUGGGAAAUGCAGGAUAGGAUAGGAUGCUGUUCAGAGGGUCACUGUGGACUUGAUGGGUUGAAUGGCCUGAUUCCACACUGGGAUUCUAUGAACAUCUUUCAAAGAGCCAGCAUUGAUCUGGAAGGCUGAUUAAGUCAAUGCUGAAUGAUAGCAAUAUGGCAGGCAUUCCUACAUGAUUCUAGUUUAUGUUGCUGGUUGGUUUAAAAAUUCCCAGUCAACAGCAUGAAUCUAACUUGCUGUUUUUAUUAAUUAAUAAUAGGCUUUCAUCUGGCGAGGCCUGAUCAGCUUAAAUAUUCCUUAAUCUUAACAGUUGAUAUUUUCUAUUAUUUUAAAACAUUAUGGAAAGUCUGAAAUCUGGUUCUUUGACAUUCUUCCCCACGAUCAGGUCUUGGGGGAACAUGUGUCAAUGUGGGUUGUAUCCCAAAGAAGCUGAUGCAUCAAGCUGCAAUUCUGCACCAGAACCUAGAGGAUGCCAGGAAAUUUGGUUGGACAUUUGAUGAGAAAGUUCAUCAUAACUGGACAACCAUGAAAGAUGCUAUUAAUAAUUACAUAGGCUCCUUGAAUUGGGGCUACAGAGUUUCUUUGAGAGACAAUGGUGUUACCUAUGUGAAUGGUUACGGAGAAUUUAUUGGACCUCACAAGAUUAAGGCAACAAACAAAAAGGGGAAGGAAACCUUUUACACUGCAGAAACAUUCAUUGUAGCCACUGGAGAGAGACCUCGCUACCUGGGAGUGCCUGGUGAUAAGGAGUACUGUAUCACAAGUGAUGAUCUCUUCUCGCUGCCUUACUGUCCUGGGAAGACCUUGGUGGUUGGAGCAUCCUAUGUUGCACUGGAGUGUGCGGGUUUUCUUGCAGGCCUUGGGCUGGAUGUGACUGUGAUGGUUCGCUCCAUCCUGCUGCGGGGAUUUGACCAGCAAAUGGCAGACCUGGUUGGAGACUACAUGGAGACCCACGGAGUCAAAAUCAUUAGGCAGUUUGUACCAACUAAGAUAGAGCAAAUUGAAGCUGGAACUCCAGGGAGAUUGAAAGUAACAGCUCAAUCUACAGAUGGCACAGAGAAUAUGGUGCAGGAGUAUAACACAGUAUUACUGGCAAUUGGGAGGGACGCCAGCACUAAAAACAUUGGCUUGGAUAACGUUGGAGUAAAGGUCAAUGAAAAGACUGGCAAGAUUCCUGUUGAUGAACUUGAACAAACAAAUGUGCCCCAUGUUUAUGCCAUUGGUGACAUUCUGGAGGGGAAGUUGCAGCUCACACCAGUGGCUAUUCAGGCUGGCCGCUUACUGGCCAAUAGGCUAUACGGAGGGUCCACUGUCAAGUGUGACUAUGUGAAUGUACCCACCACUGUCUUCACUCCCUUGGAAUAUGGAGCCUGUGGCCUUGCAGAGGAGAAAGCUAUAGAAAUACACGGGAGAGAGAAUUUGGAUGUCUAUCACAGUUAUUUUUGGCCUCUAGAGUGGACUGUCCCAACCAGGGAUAACAACAAAUGUUAUGCCAAGAUUAUCUGCAACAAACAAGACAAUAAUCGGGUAAUAGGUUUCCAUGUAUUGGGCCCGAAUGCAGGAGAAAUCACUCAGGGAUUUGGAGCCGCGAUAAAAUGUGGAAUAACCAAGGAACAGUUGGACAGUACAAUAGGAAUUCACCCAGUCUGUGCAGAGGUGUUCACAACAUUAUCAGUCACAAAGGAGUCUGGUGGUAACAUCGAACAGUCUGGCUGCUGAGGUUAAACCCUGCUGUUGUCACUUUGCCAUAAUGGAUUGUUUUGUCUCCACGGGCAACGCUCAGUUCAUGUAAGCCCAUCAAUCUUUGUGGUGAAGACUCCAUUCCUUGUUUUCCAGCUACUGUGGAGGACUCUGCAAUGGUGUGAGGAAAUGUGAACAUCCAUUUGGCAAUUAGUACAAUGGUGGGGUUAUUAAGAAUCCAAUGAAAUAAGCUGCUGCUCUGUAGGAGCAUCAACCCUGAUGCUUUCAUGAAGUCCAGGCCUGGAACCAGUUUCAAAUGGAAGGCUGCGAUGGAAAAACUGCAAGCACAGUUUAGCAAUUCUCAGUAAACUCAGAUAUCAAGGGCUUCCACUAUCACUGGAGAACUCUCAGCAGACCAAAAUUAAACUAGAAAGGGGGGUGGGAAAUGACAAAAUUAGUGUAUUUUCCAUACUUUCCACUACCUGGACACUGGUGUUUUCUUUCUUCUAUAUAAUACUGCUGUAGAUGUCACCAUCUUUUUCACCCUUAAGUGAAUUGUUUUUAAACAGUUUUAAUACUGAAGCUGAAUAUAUUCAUUCUGAUUCUAAUAUUUUGCAUUUGGUCUAAUGGGAGUGAAGUUUGUCUUGGGUAAUUGGUGAAUAGUCAGCUCACUUUGUCUGUGCAGGCACAAUGUGAAAAGUUUUUAUUGAAGGGAUGUUUUAUGGUUGUCCACCAGUCACUUCAUCCCCAACAUCUUUAGACUUUGGGCAUUAAUUCACAGCAGUAUCAUUCAUUCCUAGCAGACUUGCUGUUGCACCUAGGAUGAGGACUGCAACAUGCUGUUGUUUACAGUAGGUUUUUUAAUGUACCAGUCCACUGUCCUUUCUAUUUGGCACUCAUCACAAUCUGUCUUCUUCACAGCCCACUUUGUUUUUCCUUCUGGUGAAUUAAAGUCUUGUAAUCUACCACUUAAUGUGAGUGUGUUUGGAUAUUUUUGUGUAAGUUUUUUUUUUUUGUCCACACCUUUUCACGAAGGUUGUGGUGUAAAUCUGAAGGAAAAUAGGAUGAGGUGUGUUUUUUUUUUUUUUUUCUUUGCUUCAGGAUCUAGUCAGGUUUUGAAUUUGAACAACUUUUUUACAACAUGUGAAGCUAACUACUUCUCCACCACUGCUGCAAGUGUAAACUUGAACUUGUAACCUCAGGCUUAGAACUACAACCUUGAACUUGGAACCUAGGAGCAGACAUUAAUGAGAUGCCAUUCCAGCCAAAAGGCUUCUUUCCCCUGUGCUGGAACACUUUUUUUUUUUGUGUACAAACACAGCCUGGGUUUUAAUUUUCAAGAUGGUUUUGUAAGUGUAUUGGGGGAAAUUCUAGUUGGUUCAGGCAAACAUCCUGCUAUUGCAAUCAUUGAUCAUAAAACAUGCACUCAAAACCCUUGUUUUUUCAGUCCUUUUUGAAUUAUUGCACUCUACAUCUUUUAUAGCUUCAAGCACCAUUACCCAGUCCCAGAGUGCACAUCUGCAAUGCAUGUUGGUUGCAUCCAGACAGUGAAGAGGGCACUUUUUUUUUUGCUUGAGGAGCACUGACCUUACUUAGUGCCUGCCUGCAGUAUUUGCAAGCCUACAAGGAUUUUACACUUUUUGGAUGUUGUCCGAUUAAUACUAUAUUUGCUACAACACUUCGUGAUUAGAAAUAGUGAGUUGUUCAGUUAUAAUUGUCAGAAGUAUUUGUGGUUGCCUUUGUCAAUAUUUAAUCAAAAUUGCAUCAUCCUUAAAUUACUUCUCUGCAUCUAUCUUGAACAAGUGACUCCUGCAACUUGCCAUGUACAAAAUUUUAAAAUGUAUUGUUACAAAACUGAUAUGUCUUGCAUAUUAAAAAUCUGAAAUGAGAAA